CCCUAUUCGGCUUGAACCCGUCGCCCUCACCCGUCGCGUUCGCCGUUCGCCCCUUCACCCGUCGCGUUCGCCGUUCGCCUGUUCGCCCCUCUUUCGCCGUUUGCCGUUCGCCUGUUCGCUCACCUCUUCGGCGUCGGCGUCCCAAGCCGGAGUUUAAUGGUUCUGAAAACUUUGAAUUUUCAGAAUUCUAUAAGAAAACUCAUAUCAAGAAGAAUAAAGAGUGGAUUGAUCCUAUUUGCACCGUGAAACAUUCAAAGAUGUUGAGCUUGCAAGAAGAAUCUUUCCAAUCUGGUGUGCAAUUAACAUCAGAGGAGAUGUCUAGGCAGGCACUUGGAAAAAGGAAGAGAUACAUUCUUGGAUUUGGGGAUGGGCCGAAGCCCUCUUCCUCUUCUUCUACACCUAGUCAUGUGUCACAAGACCAUGUUGGGAAGUUGCAGAAACUUAAAGUUGAGAUGGAGGAGAUGAAGAUCGAGCGUGAGAUGGAGCGUGAGGAGCUGCGGAGGCAAUUGGAGCAGGAGAGAAGAGAGCGUGAGGAGGAAAAGAAAGAGCGAGAGGAAGAACAGAAGCAAAUUGCACAUCUUACAAGUUUGGUGACAGAGUUCUUAAAAGGAAAGACUCAAACGCACAAGUCAUCUAUCCAUCAUGAUGGGGCCAUGUAUUCAACUGGUGGUACAAAUACUCGUUGAUACAUGGUGGAGUUAUGAGCAUGUGAAAUCUAGUUUCUGGUACAUGGAUAGCUUUUGUU